CCUUGACACUGGUCCCAACUUGGGUAUAGAGUGGCUGUGCCUCUGCGGCGGAUGAGCAUCGGGGGAGAAGGACUCGUUUGGGACAGAGCUGCCAUCCAUCCUGAUUUAUCCCGAUAUUUCACCACUUUUCAGUAAACUGACUCAGGAGGAGCUGGAUGAGAGCGGGAUAGACUGGCUGGAUUUAUCAGAGGCUCUUGGAGGGUCUGGAAAUGACUCUGUCUGUGGAUGUGAGAGGAGAUGGACAGUGAUUGAGUGGGAUGAAUGACAUUUAUUCACUGCGUUUAUAAGCUCACCGGAUGGUUUUUGAUCAAGUGGAUGAAGAAGUGUUAAACUUUAGGCUAUAGAUCUAAUGGAAUGUGUGAGAACCCUAAACUGAUUUUUAAAAAUAUUUUUUAAUCAAAAUUCCUGCUAGAAGUUAAAGUUGACGAUGGCCAUUAACACUGACGCCGACUUCCAGAAGUCCGCCCUGGGUGAGGGCGGAGGUGGCGCCCCCCCUGCGGACUUCCAGGAGACGGAGAAACUCUUGGCGGUGACCAGCGAGCCCGGAGGAAACGGGACGAGGGGGUCCAGCUCGUUCACCGUCAACACGGCCGGCGAUAAGGACCUAGAGGCCGACCAGAACGGCCACAGCGUCGCUCUGAGGUCGGGCUCCGCCGGGCAGCUGGCCGCCGCCGCCCCCCUCUCCCCGUCCAAGGUGAGCCUGAGCCGCUCCUCCACCGGGAACGCCACCGUGCCGGAGACCCCCGAGCCCAAGGAUUACCUCAUCCUAGUCAUCCUGUCCUGCUUCUGCCCGGUUUGGCCAGUCAGCAUCGUAGCUCUGGUCUACUCCAUCAUGUCCAGAAACAGUCUGCAGUCCGGAGAUGUAGAUGGAGCUCGGAGGCUGGGCAGACUAGCUCGUCUUCUCAGCAUCGUCUCCAUUGCACUGGGGGUGAUCAUCAUCGUCGUCUUCACCUCCGUAAGCAUGACAGCUAGCAACUAAAGUUCUGACCCGACGGAACCGGGACGUGAAACUUGGCGACAUCCAAUGCAAGCCACAGAUGCUGAACAGAAAAGAAAAGACUGUUUAAAAAAAGUAUGUGGUGCAUUGUGACCAAUUCAGUCAUCAAAGAUAGGCAAGUCUUGCAACAAAAAGACAACAAAAAAACGAGUGAAGAUGCAUGCAUUAGACUCCAGCAGCAUUUGCUUGACAGAAUACCCUGAUGCAAACUGUUCAGGUCCUAAAAAGAAGAAUGCCAAUAUGUGUGUGUGUUAACGUGUGGGGAGGGAGCUUUUUUUUAAUUAUUUCUUCAAAAGAAGAGGUUAUUUGGUGUAUGCAAAACCCGAAUGAGAGGGAGAGAGUGCGUAAAGGGAUUUGUUUACAUCUGUGAUGGGCUCCCCUCCAAGAAAAACUGGCGAAACUGCAUUCAAUCUCAUUAUGCUCCUUACUGAACUCUUGCAUUCAAAGUAUACACAGCAGCAAAUAUAUUUGAAAAUGGGUAUAUGAAAAUACACACUGUAUAGGAACUUUGUAAAAUAAAAAAUGUUUGUAUGCCAGUUGUUAAGACUGUGAGAAAGGCUGCAUUUUCCAUGCUUGAAUUAUCAGGACAAUUUUAAGGUUUUGGUGGAAAAAAAGGAAGCAACAGAACUUUCAGCUUUAUUUAUUUAUUUAUUUAAGGAUUUUUUGUGUCUAAAUUUUAUGUUUUCUAACUAUAAGAAAUGAGACCAACUGCAUGUCUGAAUGUAAAUAACCAAUGUUAUGCCUUCUUUUGGAACGUUGCCUGUUAAGGGGCUCGCAGGUUUGCACAUGAUACAGUGAUUUGUGUAAAAUUAGCCGAGUCACACCUAACACACACGAGGGCUGCCAUCCGUCUCCAACAGCCUCCAUGCACCCUCACCACCUUAACCUUGCUUAAAGCAUGACUAAACCUGGCACCAAAUCAAGUAAUCUUCAUCCUGACAUGCUGCCUGCCUCCCAGCUCCUCUGCAUUUACACUGAUUUUUACAAUUUUACAGUCAGUGACCGUUUUCAUUUCCACAUUGCCAUACAGUGACUGUUAAAAGGCAUUGUUCUCUGUACUUGUAUAAGAAGUAUUUAUAUGGAAUUAUAUAUGCAAUAUGUACGCAUGCUGCUGGACAAACAGGCUGGCUCUUAUUUUUGUAAAUGAGCAGGUCUAUGAGCUUGACUUAAAACAAAUAGCAUUUAACGAAGCCAUCCCAAAUACCCAACAACAGCUGUCUGUAUGCAACACUUUAAAAGAGAACUCUGUAUUACGUUGUUCCUGCACAUACAUGUGACUGUUAUGCUGAUAUUUUUACAUUAUAAUCCAGAAAAACACACAUAAAACUGCAGCUAAGAUGUUCUCAAUCACUAAUACAAUGGGUUUUUCCUUUUUCGUGUUUACUUUUUUCUGCUGAAAAUGACAAAAAUCUCAAAACGGUUUUGAGCCGUUGUGAACUGGCUGUUGCAGAAUGAGCAUUGUAUCACAUAAAACGCUCCAAAAUCCAAAGAUUCCUUCUGUUUACUGACUUAAAGACACAACCACAUUAUUCAUCUAUGGAACUGAGGAGAGCCCAGAAGCACUACUUUGUCAUUAAACCUCUUAAAUAUUCUUUAUACUACAUUUUUAUAUUCCUGUUUCUUUUCUAGUCAACUGUCUGUAGUAGUGUGUCAUCCUUGUUGUGUACAUUUUGCAUGUAAGGAAUAAAUGUUACCAUGCAUGGUC